ACCAGUUCGAAAUGGGGUACAACAAGGGAUUAAAAUUAGGUACAGCGUUUACCAUAUUAAUAGUUUUAGUUGCAAUUUAUUAUAGAAAUUCGGAAAAUGUUCUCCAAAAACGUUUGCAAGCUUUGAUUCAUGGUUUAGAAAAACUUGAAAAUAAACAUGUGAUGACUUCACGACCAAAAGUAGCAAUAGGUUAUGGUGUAUGUACUGAUGUAUAUGUCAAUGCUAAAGAUUUAUUGAAUUAUUCUGAAAAAAUUGGGCAACCGCAACAUUUCGAUGAAAUCAACACAGAAUUAGAACUUUUAAAAAGUUUUGCCUAUUAUUUUCGUCAUGGAGCUGCUGCAGAAAGAUACAUGGCAAAUAGAACAUUGUUUGAUGAACUUGUUACCAAAGCUCGUUCAUUUCCUUCUUCUUAUACUACUAUUGGUGGUAAUGCAGCAAUUAUGGCACUAAGAUUUGCAAGAGAAGGAUGUGAUGUGACACUUGCUGCAAAAUUAACUAGAUCCUUACAUCAAAUGAUACCACAAGUUAUUAAUAUCGUAGGAGGUGAAGUGAAAAGAGAUGACAUUCACUUAGUAAUAGAAUAUAAACAUGGAGAUAUUUGGGGUCCAUAUUCUAGUGCCAGAGCUAAUAGGUACAUAAUUCACAAUGAUGCCAAUAAUCCUAGGAUUAGUUCUCUUGAUGCAUUUGAUAAUCUUUUGUUAAUGUAUGAGCCUAAUUUACUUGUUAUUAGUGGUCUACAAAUGAUGGAUAAUUAUCCAUUUCCCGAAGGUGAUAGACAAAAACUUUUAUAUAAGAUAAAAAAGCAAAUGAUGAAUCGAUCUGUAUCAACUAAAAUUCAUUUUGAAAUGGCUUCAUUUGCAGAAGAUAAAUUUCUUUUUGAAUUAUGUGAUUCGAUAAUACCAUAUGCUGAUAGUUUAGGAAUGAAUGAACAAGAAAUAGCUAAUUUGCAUAAUGCAAUGUAUUAUGGAAAUAUUUCAUUAGUCGCAAAUUCAACACCACGUAUAGCAACAGUUUUAGAUCAAAUGCGAACAUUAUUUAAAUUGAUACGUAUGAGAAGCAAAACUAUUGAAAAUUCUCGAGAAUUAACUAGAAUUCAUGUACAUACAUUAGCCUAUCAAGCUAUAUUUACUGUUAAAAGUUCUAUAUGGAAAAAUACUAUGGCUGCAGCAGCUAAAGCUUCACUGACAGCUCAUAGACAUGUAUGUGCAACAAGUUAUGUAGACAUUAAAAAAGCCGCGUUGAUUUUAGAUGAUAGUUUUUCGACAUCAAUUGUCGAUGGUACUCGGAUAGCUCUAGAUAUUGACAAACCAGUAUCUUGUUGGGAUGAAAUAUUAAAAAUAGGAAACAAAGAUAUCCCUAUUCAAGUAUGUGUUGCACCAGUAUUAGUUUGUACCGAAGCGGCGCAAACUGCUGGCGGUGGAGAUAAUAUUUCAAGUGCGGGUCUUGUAUUACAAAUCUAAAAUAUUUUAUAUUUUCAAAAUAGUUGAAUGACACUGAAUUUUCGUAUUAGUUUAAGGUAAUCACGAAAUCUAAAAUAUUAGAUUUCUUUAUAUUAUCAGCUUUGAAAUUCUAAAUUAUAGAAUUCAUUCCAUAAAAUAUCAUUCCAUUAUGGUCCAAAACAUAUUAUUUUCUGAUAGACAUAUGUUUAGAAAUUAAAAAAUGACAUUAUUUUGUUAUUUUAUUCUGUUAAGGAAUAUGUUAAAAAUCAACAAAGCUUAGAAUUAGUAUCAAAAUAAUGAUAUUAAUGAUUUUAUCUAUUUAUAUAUCUUAAUUUAAAUAUGCAUAAAAAUAUGUAGGUAUUUUAUCUUUUCAUGCAUAAUAAAAGAUAUAUUGGA